CCCUCCCACCGCCUCCCUGCCGUUCUAGCCGCGAAUGGCUAAACUCGAUGGUUCGCGGCGCUGCGCCUGCCGCUCUAGCAGCCCUUGGCUGUCAUGCUUUGGUUUCCGGCUCCGUUCUGGCGGGUCUGAGCCCUCGGACUCCCAGAGAGGCCCUCUGCACGUGGAGAAGAGCUGGGACUCUGCGACCCUGCUCUCCUGACCCUGAUGUUCGAAGAGCCUGAGUGGGCCGAGGCGGCCCCAGUAGCCGCGGGUCUCAGGCCCGUAACCUCACGGCCUCUGCCUGCGGCCGCCUCGCAAAACAAUGGCUCAAAGUGCCGCCAGCUCUUGGCCACAUUACGGAUCCUAGAGGCAGCAUCUCUUUCCCAGAAUCCCCCCAGCCUACCUAGCAGUGACUCUGAGGAGGAGGAGGUGGAAAGGAAGAAGAAAUGCCCCAAAAAGGCAUCGUUUGCCAGUGCCUCUGCUGAAGUAGGGAAGAAAAGGAAGAAGAAAUGUCAAAAACAGGGCCCGCCUUGCAGUUACUCUGAGGAAGAAGUGGAAAGGAAGAAGACAUGCCGCAAACAGGCUCUUCUUGGCAGUAACUCUGCUGAAGAAGAGAAAAGAAAGAGGAAAUGCCAGAAACAUGCCCCUUUAAAUCCAGCCCAGCACCUGGAUGAUGUUGACCAAACAGGUCCCAAAGCUUGGAAGAAUAGUGCUACAAAUGACCUGCCAAAGCCAAGCCCUGAGUCCACUUCCCCCAAACCCCCUCAUACAUUGAGUCGCAAGCAGUGGCGGAACCGGCAAAAGAAUAAGAGAAGACAUAAGAACAAGUUUCGGUCACCUGAGGUGCCAGACCAGGCUCUAGCCGAGGCCCCCACAGAGAAGACAGAGAUGCCUCCUGUACCUAGGACAGAGAGCCAUGAGGCUCGGGCAGGGGCUUUGCGAGCCCGCAUGGCACAGCGGCUGGAUGGGGCCCGAUUUCGCUACCUCAAUGAACAGCUAUACUCCGGGCCCAGCAGUGCUGCACAGCGUCUCUUCCAGGAAGACCCUGAGGCCUUUCUUCUCUACCACCGCGGCUUCCAGAGCCAAGUGAAGAAGUGGCCACUGCAACCAGUGGACCGCAUCGCCAAGGAUCUUCGCCAGCGGCCUGCAUCCCUGGUGGUGGCUGACUUCGGUUGUGGGGAUUGCCGCCUGGCUUCAAGUAUCCGGAACCCUGUGCAUUGCUUUGACUUGGCCUCUUUGGACCCUAGGGUCACUGUGUGUGACAUGGCCCAGGUGCCUCUGGAGGAUGAGUCUGUGGAUGUGGCUGUGUUUUGCCUUUCACUGAUGGGAACCAACAUCAGGGACUUCCUAGAGGAGGCAAAUCGAGUACUGAAGCCAGGGGGUCUUCUGAAAGUGGCUGAGGUCAGCAGCCGCUUUGAGGAUGUUCGGACCUUUCUGCGGGCUGUGACCAAGCUAGGCUUCAAGGUUGUCUCCAAGGACCUGACCAACAGCCAUUUCUUCUUGUUUGAUUUCCAAAAGACUGGGCCCCCUCAGGUAGGGCCCAAAGCUCAACUUUCAGGCCUGAAGCUUCAGCCAUGUCUCUACAAGCGCAGGUGACCUCUAGAUCUUCCUUGAAAGGGGAGGCAGAGCUUAAACUUCAGGUUCAGAACUGUGAAGACUAUAUCCAGCCUGGCUGUGAGCCAAGACUUGGUGGAACCCCAAGGACAAAGUGUGAUAAAACCUCUGGCUCAGACUUGCUGUACUAGAGGUUUCUUGGUUAUAAGAUGCAUAAAGUCACUGGGGCUAGCUAAACAACGAAGAGUUUAUUGUGAGAACAUGGGAAUAUCUGGGAAUCACAGACCACUUUAGAUGUCAUGAAAACUGGAUGGUUUGGAAUUCAAGACAUCUUUAGGUUUGGCUCCUCUUUCCAGCUAAGAAGCCACAUGGCUUUUUUGUCCUGCCAUCUCCACUCUGCUCUUGUCUGAUCUGUUUACAGAUCAGCUUCCUCUCCUCACCCAUAGCUUCCGUUCCUUCAGCUUCAGUUUGCCUAGGCCUUCGAGGUUGCAGACAGGCAGCUGUUGCUGCUUGACUCUGAGGCAACUGGUAGUCCACCAACAUCCUGGCUCAACACAUCAGUCCGAGCCACCAGGUUGAGACUGCUUGGAUGUCCCUAUACUGAGCAUUUCCAGUGGUUUAUCUUUCCCCUCUCCCCUCAUCUCCAUCUUUGGAACCAUAUGCAUCAAGCCACUCCCAGCACCUAUUAUCCUAUGGGACUUUGGUUAUGUUUAUGGCUGACAGCAUAGAUUUUGGAAUCAGGUAGACCUGGAUUUAAUUCCUGGCCUGCUACCUAGCCACUUAAAGUCAUUUAAUCUCUGAAUAUCACGUUCCUCAUUUGGAAAAUAGUAGAAUUUCUGUCUUGCAAGGUGGUUGUGUGGGUUAACUGGGGAACUCUAUAGCCAGGACUGGGAACAUAGGAGGUGCUCAAUAAACAAGCUAUGACUAU